GCAUUUGGUUCAAGAAUUCUUGAUAUUUUUGGUCUAAGAAACAGAAGAAAACUACGAUCCCGUAUGGCAACCAAAGCCUGCUGCAGGCGCUCUCAUGAAGAAUUUGAGCCUCUCUGCAAAUGGCUAAAAGAUGAACGUUUUGAUAUUGUUGAGCUCGAUUUACGAGGUUUCAAAAAAGAACAAAUUAAGGUUAUGAUUAAUGAGUGUGCGGGCAUCAUAUCCAUCGCCGGAGAACGACCACUGGAAAGAACCAUAACGAGCUGUUUCCGCAAAGAUAUCAAACUCCCCGCUGACAUCAAAAUCAAUGAAGUACGGGCCAAGUUUGGUUGUGGCGUCCUUACCAUAACAAUGCCCAAAAAACCUCUGAUUCUCGAGCUGAGGCAAGACUGCGGAAGGUUAGGACUGGCCGAUCGUGAGGGUCCUCCAUCAUUAAAGGAUUUUGGUGUUAAUGCGGUUGCCAUUAAGCCUGAUGAAAAAUGUACGGCGAAAUACAUAGCGAUUGUGGGGAUUGUGGGGGUGGUGACGUCGCUGGUGCUAUCUGGUGCUUGCUGUUGUUGCAAAUAUUAUCAGCUGUAUUGUCACGUAUAGAAAAUUGAUUAAAUUUGUUGUGAUGUGAAGAUGUGAGGAAAAAUAGUGAUGACAAGAACAAAUAAUACCUUUUUUUUUUGGGGAAAUAAAUAAUUAUUUAAAUU